CGCAUGACAAUGCAGCCCACGCUUCUUUUCAUUACUCUGUGCAAUUUGGAGCGCCUCCGCCGUGGCUCCGUCUCAAAUUAAAAAAGCCCAGUGCUUGGCCAUUGCAUGCCGCAUGUCUCCUUUUGUCUUCCUCUCUGUCCAAUCAUACUUGGCAAGCCGUCGCUUCACUGGCUUCGCAUUGCACGUUAAACACCAAGACCUUCCGGGCGCUUCUUAACUCUUGACUGCACUUGUGUCUCGUAUAUUAAACCUCGAAGGCAGGACGACCCAAUAUUGGCCAGCAGAUAUUAAGGACAGGGAUUAUGAGCAGGACUGGAAGACGGUGCCACGCUGGCAUUUGGCAGCGUUGACGUGGCUAGCGACGGAGCCACGCCGAGAGAGCGCAGAUAGCACGCUAAUCUCUGUUUGCAGAGGAAAUUGGAGCGUAUUUUGCACACCCUGAAUAGAUAAGAACAAGAAUGGCGUUUGAAAACUAAAAAGGAAUUUGACGUUGUCGGUGCCACCUGCAAACAGCCCGAAUCAAAUUCACAUUUCCUCUGAUGUCCCGGUUUGUUCGUAUCCCAGUGUGUAGUUUAAUUCGUGCAUAUGAAAACACACGUGUAUGUGUUUGUACACAAGUGACAGUGCUCAUGCACGAGUGUGUGUGUGUGUGUGUGUGUUUGUUCCCAUUGCAGUGGCGGUUCCUUCAUUUCACGCUCUGCCGCUUCCAUGCGAAUCCUCUUCCCCGGGCUCAUUAUCGGGUCUGUUCGACGAGUGCAUGGCCAGGCGGCACGCGGGGCAGGGCCCAAUCAUUAUUCAAGCCCGCUGACGGGCCCACCGGUGCUCAGGCGGCUGAGUUCGGACACUUGCCCGACAACAUUACCGUGCUGGAAGGAGAAAGCGUCGUUUUGAGAUGCAAGAUAGACGAGGAGGUCACUCACAAGGCGUGGUUGAACCGCUCCAACAUCUUAUUUACGGGCACAGAUAAGUGGUCCCUGGACUCCCGCGUCUCCCUGGUGAACAACAACAACAGCGACUUCUCCAUUAAGAUUGAGCAAGUGAUGGUGGCAGACGAGGGACCCUACACAUGCAGCUUCCAGGCCAGAAACCAGCCCCGUACGGCCCACGUCUACCUCAUCGUUCAGGUGCCGGCCAGGAUAGUGAACAUCUCGCAGGAUAAAUCCGUGAAUGAAGGUGAAGAUGUGAAUCUUUUUUGCCUGGCGGUGGGCAGACCGGAGCCGACCGUCACCUGGAAGGACUUCAAAUACGGUCUCUUGAGCGAAGGCGAGUUUCUGGAAAUCACAGAAAUCAAGCGGCAUCAAGCGGAGGAAUUUGAAUGCAUCACCAACAACGGUGUGGCGCCGCCAGACACGCACCGUGUCAAGGUCACCGUCAACUAUCCACCAGUAAUCACAGACGUUAAGAACAUGCCCGCCCAGCUGGGAAAAACUGCAAUCUUACGCUGUGAAGCUAUGGCGGUGCCCACCGCGUCCUUUGAAUGGUACCGGGAUGACCGAAGGCCGGUAGAGAGCGAUAACACGCUGAAGAUUAAAAACGAGAAAACACGUUCCCUGCUGCUCUUCACCAACGUCACAGAAAAACACUUUGGCAACUACACCUGUUUCGCCUCCAACCGUCUCGGGGCUUCCAAUGCCAGCAUGUUACUCUUCAGGCCCGGGGCCGUGUACGGCGGAGCGGCGUCUCUGAACGGCCGUUUAUCAGAAGUCGGUCUGUGGUUCUGCCUCUCCAUGUCUGUUCUGAUGAAGGUCUAAAACUUUCCCGCUUCGGAAGGAGUCUUUAAAUACGAACCCAUCACUGUGAACAAAAAGAAAUUAUGCAUUAAUCCAGGAGCCAUCGCUACAUCACUCGGUCAUUCCUUCCUCUUCCCAUUCACGCCCGGUCGCAUAUCACCGCUUCACUCCUCCCUCCCGUCGCCAACGAUGGUCACCUUUUAUCGUCCAAACCUGAAAUGUGAUGCAAAUGAUGUGAACGACAAGUGUAAUGCCAGUUGGGUGUCUCUUGAUGUGCGUGCUGGACAUGCUGGUUGUAAAGUGACGUGUCGACGAUGACGUUUGCGAUGUUCGGGUGACCCUCUCAAAGCUGUUCACCAGUGGGCCCGUCGGAUCCCGGCGCAGAGAUCCGAGCUGAACGGUGGUGCAUUCUGACGUGCGUAGCUACUAUGAAUGAUGUCAAACCACAUGUUUUCUUUCUAGCGAGGAGGGCCGUGUCAUCUCGGCCCCUCGUUUGCGUUCAUUUGGGCUCUCGACCCAAAGCAAACGUCUGACCUGCGUCCAGCCCUCAUAUUGUCCUCAGUCUGUCCAUCACUCAGAUCGUCAGUCCUUCACACUCAGUGUAAAUAUAUAUGCAGUAGAGGCCCCUCAUUCCAGCAGCAAAAACUACAUUUCCCAUCAGCCUCUCUGUUUCAGCCUUUCGGCUCGGAGGAUAUUGCUGCCUUUAAGUCACGAUGGAAUGAUCGUAUUUACGAGAUUUACAACCGUACUGUCAUUAUUAGCCGAGAACCAUUGGUAUUGAUAGUAAGAAGUUUAGUUUGUACACAUUUAGUGUUGCUUUCCUGUGUUUGACGGGAACUUAAAAAAGAUAAGUGCUUUAAAUUACUUUUCAAACUCGUUGCAAAGUAUAAAAAAUAGAUGUAGUGUUGGAAAUUAAAGUAUUUGGACACUUUUUGGUUGUCGAAUGUUGGUUAAUAAAAUAAACUACAGCUGUAGACGUCACUCAUCCGCUAAAACUCAUUUUUAACAUGCAAAUGUAGUUUAGAAAAGUCAGAAAGACUGCAGCUUUUCAGAACUGUUUGAAUGUGUCAUUGCAACUCAUAAGAAAGACUACAACGUUUCAUAAUUAUUUAAAUGCAUCAUUGCAACUCAUAAACAAGAGUGCAACUUUUCAGUAUUUUUUGAAUGCAUCAUUGCAACUCUUGAGUGAAACUUUUCUGAAUUAUUUGAAUGCAUCAUUGGAAUUCAUAAGAGUGCAACUUUUCCAAAUUAUUUAAAUGCAUAAUUGCAACUCAUUAGUAAUAGUGCAACUUUUCAGUAUUAUUUGAAUGCAUCAUUGCAACUCUUAUGAGUGCAACUUUUCAGAAUUAUUUAAAUACAUCACUGCAACUUAUAAGAGUGCAACUUUUCAGAAUUAUUUGAAUGCAUUGUUGCAACUCUUAAGAGUGCAACUUUUCGUAAUUAUUUAAAUGCAUCACUGCAAAUGAAAAGAGUGCAACUUUUCAGAAUUAUUUGAAUGCAUCAUUGCAACUCAUAAGUAAGAGUGCAACUUUUCAGAAUUAUUCAAAAGCGUUGUUGCAACUCGUAAGUAGGAACUUUCCACAAAGACUUGAAGGCAGCAGAAGUUUCUGGCAUCUCCUGGCCUGAAACGGUUCAUUGACUUCUUGUUGCUUGUGGAUAGCAUGUACCGGUUAGAAAUGUCCCUCUUGUGACCUCACUUCCUGCACCGACCCCGUUUUAACCCCCUGCACUGUGUACAUUUUAAUCUGCAAGGUUAACUGCUAUUACUUUUUUGGUGUUAAUAAUGAUUAUAAUGAUGAUGAUGAUGAUGAUGAUGACAAUGUUAAUAAGUAUUUGAAUAAAUAUGAUAGUAAUUCCAUGUGAGAAAAAAAAAAACGUCAGAGCUGAUCGCAAGCCAUGUGUGUGAAAAUAUUUUGUACUAAAAAUCACUGAAUUCAUCGAACGGCAAAAAGAAAAAAAAAAAACUUUUUGAAGUAUCGUGCUCUGUUUUACCAUGAUUAACUUUUUUAAAACAGAAGUAAUUUCGACUCGUCCGUAAAAGAGAGCAAUCAGUGAAAUGUGAGGGCGCUUACACGCUAGACAGAUCUGAUUUGAGCAUGUGAAAAUGGGCGUAGAAAUACAAAUUGAACAAAUAUACAGUACAAAGUGCAGUGUUGCUUUUUCAAACCGUUACAUUUGUCCACCGUCUUUGUCAUGCACCAUCCCCAUUGAGCUGUGCGUUUGCAUUGUAAACUCUAGCGUGUAGGCGUCCUAAUAUCAUUUCAAAUGUGUACUGUAUUUUUUUCCCAUGCUGUUGAUGACUGUAAUGUAUGAUAUAUUCUGCAGUAAUGAUGUAAUGCUCAUGUCUGCCUCGAUGACAUAACCAAAACCCUCAGUAUCCUGCAGUUACGUACGGUCGUGUUAGUGCGAUGCUGUGUUCCAUUCAGAGACGAUUGUUGGAUAUUCCUGUGAUAUCAAGUUGCAACAAAAAAAGUGCAUGCAUUUACUGCAUGUAUUAUGUUUGGAAAAUGACAUACAAGGAAAGAAAAUGGCAAUUUACAAUUUUUGUUGUCAGCAGUCUUCUCGCAACAAAAUUGCGAUGCUAUGCAAUGCUAGCAUUAGUUCUGUAGAUGUGCGUUUAACAGACAGGAGCAUUCAACUUGUUUUAUGCAUAUUUUCUAAACAUUUUGUACAGAGCCCUGCUCAUGACAUGCAGAAAAAAUACAUAUAUCAUGGCCACGUAUUAAGAAUUUGUUUCUAUGACUAAUUAAUUUGUUCCCUUUUUUUGUAAAUCGUGGCCACACUGUACUAAUUUGUUCCCUCGUUUUAGUUAUUUAGUAAAUCGUGGUCAUGCUGUAGGCUAUUAAUUUGUUCUCUCGUUAGUAAGUCAUGGCCACAUUCAUUCUCUCAUUUUAGUAAAUUGUGGCCAUGUCCUCAUGUCCUACUAAUUUGUUCUCUCGUUUUAGUAAAUCGUGGCCACAUCAUAUACCAAUUCCUUCCUUUUUUUUUUUUUUUUUUGUAAAUCACGGCCACAUUGUACUAAUUUGUUCCCUUUUUUAGCAUGUCCUACUAAUCCAUUCCCUCAUUUUAGUAAAACAUGGCCAAGUCAUACUAAUUCAUUCCCUCGUUUUAGUAAAUCGUGGACACAACAUACUAUUUAGUUCCCUGAUUUUAGUAAAUCGUGGCCAUGUCAUACUAAUUCGUUACAUUGUUUAAUUAAUUAAAUAAAAACGAGGCAACAAAUUCGUACAACAUGAUUUAAUAUAAGGUGGGAACGAAUUAAGUCGUGGGAGCAAAUUCUUCAUUUGCGGCCGCUAUUUAACUAAAGCAAGGGAAAACACAUUGUCCGCAUGUCAUGUGCGGGGCUUCUUAAUUUUGUCCCAAUAUAUAGGCUACGGGAAUUUUUUAAUCACAGUGCAUUUUAUUUAUGCUGUACAUCUGUGUCUGAAUUUCUGCACAAAUUUUCAAAUUGCAAGUCUGACCUGAUGUUGCGUUGGACUGCACUCCAAGUAGUUGGAAAAUCCAACACUCCGAGCUGAAUGGGACGCAGUACUAGAUUCUAUGCGCCGCCUCUUUCUUCCCGUUCAGAAUCAGAUUAGCGGGAGAUAAAGAUGUAAUUAGCCAGCGACUGCGACUCGCUAAGCAAGCGGAGCGUCAUAUUCUCUCCGUCCCCCAUCUGGUGAGUGGCAUAGCUCAUAAAUCAAGCUCAGUCCGGGUGCUGACAGAAUCCUCUUCAAGGACAGCUGUGCCUUUGAGUCUCGAGCCCGAUGUGGAGUCCGAUCCCCUACAGGCUAAUUAACCGCCACUUAAGAGCACACGGCGAAGAGGCUUUGACGUAAAGCAGCGGUGCACGACUUAACGCGCUGCGGCCGCUGCGCUGCUUUAUGCAACCGUUCGCAAUGACCCUGCAUGAGCGCUGACCGUUCAGUUUGCAAUGUUAAUGCUGUAUAUACUCUAAUACGAUAAUGUUCUCCCUGAAUAUGUGCUUCAUUAUUGCAUUCCAGCCAGCAAUAACCCCGGAAUAAAGCCGAAACCUAUUUAAUGUCCAAUUUAAAGUCUGAGGGGCCACUAUGCUGUUAUUAAUGAAUGCUGAAGACUGUGCGUUUCGUACGCUGUGCGCUGAUGAAAGAUAUUGCAUACUGCUUAGUACAAGUAGGCUACACAGUGGCCACAAAAAGUAUUUGUAUGCUUAAAUGACACUUAAAAAUAUCUGAUUGACUUUGCAUUAGAAAUGAUAAAACAAUAGAUAUAGUGUUGGAAAUUAACAUUUUAAAAUAUUGGAACACUUUCUGGUUGAG